GGACCUGCCAAACAAGACCGUUUCAUCAGACAACUGCGAGGCCGUGGCUCUUACAACACGCGAACGUGUUGGGAGUCAAGAGAGAGAGAGAGAGAGAGAGAGCGCGCGAAGGCAGAGGGGGGAUACGGCGAAGCAGAGGGUGCGUGGGGGCUAUAUUUUCGUAUAGGUUUUCCACUUGAAAUUAUAAACGACUCGGAUGCCCAAACGGCCCCCGAUGCAUCAUUUGUUUCUCUCUCUAGCUUCGGUGGUGCAUCAUUUCUCUCUCUAGUUUGGCUGUAGGUUUAUUAGGUAUUUAGAUCUGCAAGCGAACAGGGGAGAGGGCAGGGAUCGUGGUGGUGACCAUCUCUCUGCCUACACCAAUCUGGUGAAACAUUCUUGUAGUUCAGAGAGAGAGAAUGAGUGGAGGAGGAGGGAGAUGGGAGAGGGUGAGGGAUAGGGUUCGCAGUUCUUCUUCAUCGAUGAGGGGUGACCGGCAGACGCGGACGGUGCGUCUCGGACGUGUGCAGCCCCAGGCACCGGGCCACCGCACCAUCUUUUGCAAUGACCGUGAAGCCAACCUCCCUGUCAAAUUCAAGGGGAACUCCAUUUCAACAACAAAGUACAACCUCUUAACUUUCUUACCAAAAGGUUUGUUUGAACAGUUUAGGCGGGUGGCAAAUUUAUACUUUCUUAUGAUAUCCAUCUUAUCCACAACUCCAAUCAGUCCAGUGCAUCCCAUCACAAAUGUAGUUCCUUUGAGUCUAGUGCUUUUUGUCUCUCUAGUUAAGGAGGCUUUUGAGGACUGGAAACGAUUACUUAAUGAUAGGGUGAUAAACAGUAGCCCUAUUGAUGUUUUGCAAGAUCAGAAGUGGGAAAGUAUUCCAUGGAAGAAGCUUCAAGUUGGGGACAUCAUAAAAGUUAAGCAGGAUGGAUUUUUUCCUGCUGAUCUUUUGUUUCUUGCUAGUUCGAAUCCUGAUGGUGUUUGCUAUAUAGAGACUGCAAAUCUUGAUGGUGAAACGAAUUUGAAGAUCAGAAAAGCACUUGAAAGGACGUGGGAUUAUCUUCUCCCUGAGAAGGCAGCCGAAUUCAAAGGUGAAAUACAAUGUGAACAGCCAAAUAAUUCUCUAUAUACUUUCACUGGAAACCUUAUUAUUGGGAAACAAACUUUACCGAUUUCCCCAAAUCAAAUUCUAUUGCGGGGCUGCAGCCUUCGGAAUACUGAGUACAUUGUUGGAGCUGUCAUUUUUACAGGACAUGAAACAAAGGUUAUGAUGAAUGCUAUGAAUGUUCCUUCCAAACGGAGUACCUUGGAGAGAAAGCUUGACAAACUUAUACUGAUGCUUUUUGGUGUACUUUUUGUUAUGUGUUUCAUUGGAGCUAUUGGCAGUGGAGUUUUUAUCAACCGUAAGCACUACUACUUGGGUCUCAAUGAUCGUGUAGAGGAUCAGUUUAAUCCUAACAACAGAUUUGUGGUUGCUAUUCUCACCAUGUUCACUCUCAUUACAUUGUAUUCCACCAUUAUUCCCAUCUCACUUUACGUCUCAAUUGAGAUGAUUAAAUUCAUUCAGUCUACUCAGUUUAUCAACAAGGAUCUGAAUAUGUAUCACAGGGAAAGCAAUACCCCUGCAUUGGCACGGACCUCCAACUUGAAUGAAGAGCUUGGACAGGUUGAGUAUAUAUUUUCUGACAAGACAGGAACUCUAACGCGAAAUCUGAUGGAGUUCUUCAAGUGUUCCAUUGCUGGAGAGGUUUAUGGUCAUGGAAUUACUGAAAUAGAAAGCGGAGGAGCACAAAGAAGUGGUUUGCGAAUUGAUGAGACAAAAAAAUCAAGUACUGCAGUGCAUGAAAAGGGUUUCAAUUUUGAUGAUGCAAGGCUUAUGCGUGGUGCGUGGAGAAAUGAGCACGAUCCUGAUGCUUGCAAGGAGUUCUUUAGGUGUCUUGCUAUAUGCCACACGGUUCUUCCUGAAGGUGACGAAUCUCCGGAGAAGAUAACUUAUCAAGCUGCAUCACCAGAUGAAGCUGCCCUGGUUGUUGCUGCCAAGAAUUUUGGAUUCUUUUUUUACCGACGUACCCCAACUAUGAUUAUGGUCCGUGAGUCACAUGUUGAAAAGAUUGGUAAAAUCCAAGAUGUUUCUUAUGAGAUUCUCAAUGUUUUAGAGUUUAACAGUACGAGGAAGCGUCAAUCAGUCAUUUGUCGCUACCCAAAUGGAAGGCUUGUGUUGUAUUGCAAGGGAGCUGACACCGUCAUAUAUGAGAGAUUAGCUUAUGGUAAUGAUACCAUAAAGAAUGUGUCAAGGGGGCAUUUAGAACAGUUUGGCUCUGCUGGUUUGCGUACGCUCUGCCUUGCAUAUAGGGAUUUGAACAGUGAGCUAUAUGAAAGUUGGAAUGAGAAAUUUAUCCAGGCCAAAUCUACUCUACGGGAUCGGGAAAAGAAGAUGGAUGAGGUAGCAGAAUUGAUCGAAACAGAUCUUAUACUGAUCGGAUGUACAGCUAUUGAAGACAAACUUCAAGAGGGAGUGCCUUCUUGCAUAGAGACUCUUUCUAGAGCUGGUAUUAAGAUUUGGGUUUUGACUGGCGACAAGAUGGAAACGGCAAUAAAUAUCGCCUAUGCUUGUAGUUUAAUUAACAAUAGCAUGAAACAAUUUGUCAUCAGUUCAGAAACUGAUGAAAUCAGAGAGGUCGAGAGUCGGGGUGACACAGUUGAGACUGCACGUUUUAUGAAAGAAUCAGUGAAGAAAGAGCUGAAAAGAUGUAUCCAGGAAGCAGAACAUUCUAUGCAUACCUUAUCUGGAAACAAACUGGCACUUAUAAUAGAUGGGAAGUGCUUAAUGUAUGCAUUAGACCCACAGUUACGAGUGACUCUGCUCAAUCUGAGCUUGAAUUGCCAUGCUGUGGUGUGCUGUCGAGUGUCCCCUUUACAGAAGGCUCAGGUUACUAGCCUAGUAAAAAAUGGAGCACGGAAAAUCACUCUUAGCAUCGGUGAUGGUGCAAAUGAUGUGAGCAUGAUCCAAGCUGCUCAUGUAGGCGUUGGCAUAAGUGGGCUGGAAGGGAUGCAGGCUGUUAUGGCGAGUGAUUUUGCAAUAGCUCAGUUCCGCUUCCUCACAGAUUUACUUCUUGUGCAUGGGAGAUGGUCAUAUAUCAGAAUAUGCAAAGUUGUCACAUACUUCUUCUACAAAAACCUUACUUUCACUUUGACUCAAUUCUGGUUCACUUUUCAAACGGGGUUCUCUGGUCAGAGAUUUUAUGAUGAUUGGUUUCAAUCACUCUAUAAUGUUAUAUUUACAGCUCUACCCGUGAUCAUAGUGGGACUAUUUGACAAGGAUGUGAGUGCCUCUCUCUCAAAAAGGUACCCGCAGCUGUAUAAGGAGGGAAUAAAGAACAUGUUCUUCAAAUGGAGGGUUCUUGCAGUUUGGGCUGUCUUUUCUGUGUACCAGUCGUUGAUCUUCUUUUACUUCACAACUGCUGCCAGUCGUAACAGCAAGAAUGCCUCCGGAAAACUUUUUGGGCUCUGGGAUGUGAGCACAAUGGCUUUCACUUGUGUAGUUGUGACUGUUAACUUACGUCUCCUCAUGACCUGCAAUGUCAUCACGAGAUGGCACCACAUAAGUGUCAUUGGAAGCAUCUUAGCUUGGUUUAUCUUUAUCUUCUUAUAUUCAGGAAUUAUGACUCCUUAUGAUAGACAGGAGAACAUAUAUUUUGUGAUAUAUGUGUUGAUGAGCACUUUCUUCUUCUAUCUCACAUUGCUGCUUGUUCCUGUAGUUGCACUGCUCGGUGACGUAAUUUAUCAAGGGCUUCAGAGGUGGUUCGCACCUUAUGAUUAUCAGAUCAUUCAAGAACUCCAUAGACACGAACCAGAGCAGAGAAGCCGGCCUGAUCUACUUGAAAUUGGGACUGCUAUGACAGUGGAUGAGGAGAGAACUUUCGCAAUUUCUCAGCUUCCUCGUGAAACUUCAAAGCAUACUGGCUUUGCUUUUGACUCACCUGGGUAUGAAUCCUUCUUUGCAUCCCUUCAUGGAGUAAACGUGCCCCAGAGGGCAUGGGAUGUUGCACGCAGAGCAAGUAUGAGAUCACGACAACCCAGGACAUCCAUAAGAUGACUGGCAAUGUAUAUUAUUUAUUUGCCAGUAGAGUAUGUAAAAUAGCUUUCUUAUGCCAUCUCUCUCUCUCUCUCGCACACGCACACACUUUUAUGGUUAUAAUGUGUUGCCCCUGAUUUUAUGUACUGUACAUAAGCCUUUUCAACCGCAUAGGCUUGUAUAAAAUUUCCAAAGGUUGGUUUCAUGCCCAUACUUUUCCACAGAGAUGUAUCGAGAACAUGGUUGAAGAGGCUUCUGGGGAAAUUUUAUACGAAUUGGAUACCUUCAAGCUUGCCUUCUCUUUGCAAGAAUUAGUAAUCGUUACUGGUGCUCCCGAGCA